GUAGUGAUCUAAAGCAAAAGUGGGAGGAUGAGAUGGACAGCAGAAAGACAUUGAAGAGGCAGCAUGCAAGCAACAUUAAGGACCUGACACGCCAGCUGCACCAGAUGCACAAGAGAUUGGAAAGUAUAGAAGGGAAGGGAGAUGCCGGCAGUAUGGGCUCUCGGACUAACUCAAAUGGUAGCCUGAACUCGCCUGAAAAUACCUCGCGACAAUCACUCAACCAUGCUCCAGUGCAGGAGUUUGCAGCCAUCACAGAACAGAUUGAGGUCGACAAGCAAGUUUUGAUAGAGAGGAUUGUCCGUGUGCAGAAAUCACUUGCUCGCAAAACUGAAAAGCUGGAUUUUCUCAGUGAACAUGUUCAACAACUUCUGGAGGACAUCAGGAAGAAGAACAAAAUCAUCCAAAUGUAUGCAUUGAGAGAGGAGUCGGGAACAUUAACAUCAGAUGACAUGGACGCUAACAAGGCACUUCUUUCACGGAAGGGAGGUAUCAUGGCUUCCUUGUACUCAGCACACCAGCAAGAUGGCACCAUGACCUUGGAGCUGUCAUUGCAGAUUAGCCGGAAGCUGCAGGCUGUGUUGGAAGACACACUUCUCAAGAACAUUACAUUGAAGGAAAGUCUGGACACAUUAGGUGAAGAAAUUGCCAGAUUGUCUCAGGAAAACAGGAGAAUGCAGCUGCAUCUGCAGAAACUUGAGGGAACUUUGGCUUGA